UCCAAUCCACUCAGUUACAAACAUACUCUACUCUCCCUCCUCUCCGACUCAUCAACAGUUAGUUAAUAUUAUUGCUUAGUACUUGAAUUAAGCUACUAAUAAUUUGGGUUACUACUAAGUACUAUAUAUAUAUAUUUUGCAGUUAGCAUUUCGAAAUUGAAAGAAGAUAGAAAGAUCAAAUCAGUUGCAUCGAUUUCGUUGGAACGCAUUUUCAAAUCUGGUUCAUUGCAUUUGCAUACAUAAUAUACUCCCAUAACAUUCACCCAUCCACACUCUCUCUCUCUCUCUCUCUCUCUCUCUCUCUCUCUCUCUCUCUCUCUCCAGAAUGCAGAGAGCCGUCAGAACCUCACACUCCUCCACCUCCGAUCUUCUCACAUGGCCCGAACUCCCUCCGCCGGAAUUCGAAGCCUCCUCUGCCUCCGCCUACCGCUCUCGCCAGCCUUCGGACAAAAUAGGAGAGGUUCUCCGCGGGAGCCAGCUCACCGAGGAAGAAGAACAGAGUUUAAUCAAGAUGAAACCAAGAUCAGGGUACAAAAUGAAUGAAAUUUCUGGAAACGGUAUAUUUCCGGCCAGUGAGGAAGGUAGCGCAUCUGAAGCCAUUGAUGCAAAUUCAAACAGCAGAACAAGCAUACGCAUAUAUAAGCAAGCACCGAAUGGAGUUAGUCAGAUAUCAUUCAGCACAGAAGGAAGCAUCCCUCCUAAGAAACCAACCUCUCUACCUGAGGUAACAAAGCAGCGUGAACUGAGUGGAACGUUGCUAACUGAACCAGACUCAAGGACUAAGAGGCAAAUAUCAAGCGCCAAGACCAAGGAGCUGGUUGGAAAUAAUAUCUUUGGUCCUGCCCUUGAAGUUGUGCCUCGUUCCGCGGCACCUGCACACACUUUCAAAAUGGAAGAAAGCAAAGAGAUAGGAGAACCCUUUACACCAAAUGUGCGCACUUCAGUGGAAGUUUCCGAUCCUGCAGGAGGCCCAAGUAAUGUCUCAUUCAGCGAAGAGUCAGUCAAUAAGACAUCAAAAAAGCUACAUAGCCAGAAGUUUGCAGAACUGACAGGCAACAAUAUUUUCAUGGAAGAUGGCCCUGCGGUAUCAGCGGAUAAACCCCUGAGCAGUGCUAAACUUAGAGAAAUGACCGGGAGUGACAUAUUCGCAGAUGGAAAAGCAGAAACCAGAGAGUAUUUAAGAGGUUCUCGCAGACCCCCUGGUGGAGGAAGCAGCAUUGCUUUGGUUUGAGCUUUAUAUUAUGAUAGUUGGAUUUGUUCUAUGUAACCUUCCUAUAAUAAUAACUUUACUGCAAGGAUUGGCGUGUUGUGAUAUCAGCAUUGUAUAUUCAUGAUAUAACUCGACGCAGUAUAAUAAAUCUGCUACAUAUCUACGAUAAUUGUCUAUUUAUUUUGAUAUCAAUGAUAUAUGGGAUUA